GGAUUUAAAUGUGACGAGGCCUAAACACCAUUGCUUUUAUACGGAUGGUGGACAGGAAUGUUUAGCGAAACUAAUAAAAUUGUUGGAUAAAGCUAAUCCAUAAAAUAUCAUUCUGAGUUUGUACACGUCCAAGUAUAGUUCAAAAAAUAUAAUUUUAUCAAUUUAAUAAGCUCUAUGGUUAUAUUGUAAUACCUUAGGAAGAUCAAGGCUAAAAUAGUUAGAAAAAGUCAAGUAUUUGAUCAAUAAGGUCAAUAAAUAAAUGCUAUAUUAAUUUAUCUAACUCAUAGUUUUCUAGUAUAAAAUGUGAAUGUGGGCAAUGCAAAGACUCAUCAUCUCAUUCAUAGUUUUCUUUGUAUCUUAAUUUUCUCUCUGCAGUUUCCAAAAACACUUUCUGUUGUCUCUUUUGGAUCAAUGGUGAACGGUGUGUUAACGCGCGUCCACAGCCAGCGUGAGCGUUUGAAUGAAACGCUCGUUGCUCAAAGAAACGAAGUCCUUGCCUUGCUUUCCAGGGUUGAAGCCAAAGGUAAAGGCAUCCUGCAACAAAACCAGAUCAUUGCUGAAUUCGAGGCUUUGCCUGAAGAAACCCAGAAGAAGAUUGAAGGUGGUGCUUUCUUCGACCUUCUCAAAACCACUCAGGAAGCAAUAGUGUUGCCACCAUGGGUAGCUCUUGCUGUGAGGCCAAGGCCUGGUGUGUGGGAAUACAUAAGAGUCAAUCUCCAUGCUCUUGUUGUUGAGGAGCUUCAACCUGCUGAGUUUCUUCAUUUCAAAGAAGAACUUGUUGAUGGAGUUAAGAAUGGAAAUUUCACACUAGAGCUUGAUUUUGAGCCAUUCAACGCGUCUGUCCCUCGCCCAACGCUCCCCAAGUACAUUGGAGACGGUGUUGAGUUCCUUAACCGUCACCUCUCUGCUAAGCUCUUCCAUGAAAAAGACAGUUUGCUUCCAUUGCUUAAGUUCCUUCAACUUCACAGCCACCAGGGAAAGACCCUCAUGUUGAACGAGAAAAUUCAAAACCUCAACACUCUUCAACACAUCUUGAGGAAAGCUGAGGAGUAUCUAGCCGAGCUUUCACCCGAAACGCCUUACGAAGACUUUGAGGCCAAGUUUGAGGAGAUUGGUCUUGAGAGGGGAUGGGGAAACAACGCCGAGCGUGUCCUUGACAUGCUCCGUCUUCUUUUGGACCUUCUUGAGGCCCCUGACCCUUGCACUCUUGAGACCUUUCUCGGAAGAAUCCCAAUGGUGUUCAACGUUGUGAUCCUCUCUCCGCAUGGCUACUUUGCUCAGGACAAUGUCCUUGGUUACCCUGACACUGGUGGUCAGGUUGUUUACAUUCUGGAUCAAGUCCGUGCCUUGGAGACAGAGAUGCUGCAACGUAUUAAGCAGCAAGGACUCAACUUUACUCCAAGAAUCCUCAUUCUCACUAGACUUCUCCCUGAUGCGGUGGGAACCACAUGUGGUGAGCGUCUUGAGAGAGUUGAUGGAUCUGAGUAUUGUGAUAUUCUCCGUGUGCCCUUCAGAACAGAGAAGGGUAUAGUUCGCAAAUGGAUCUCGAGAUUCGAAGUCUGGCCAUAUCUUGAGACUUACACCGAGGAUGCUGCCGUUGAGCUUGCCAAAGAGUUGAAGGGGAAGCCUGACCUUAUCAUUGGGAACUACAGUGAUGGAAACCUCGUUGCCUCUUUGUUGGCACACAAACUUGGUGUCACUCAGUGCACCAUUGCUCACGCUCUGGAGAAGACAAAGUACCCUGAUUCAGAUAUCUACUGGAAGAAGCUUGACGACAAGUACCAUUUCUCAUGCCAGUUCACUGCGGAUUUAUUUGCAAUGAACCACACUGACUUCAUCAUCACCAGUACUCUCCAAGAAAUUGCUGGAAGCAAGGACACUGUUGGACAGUACGAGAGCCACACAGCCUUCACUCUUCCAGGAUUGUACCGUGUUGUUCACGGAAUCGAUGUGUUUGAUCCCAAGUUCAACAUUGUCUCCCCUGGUGCUGAUAUGAGCAUCUACUUCCCUUACACAGAGGAGAAGCGAAGGUUGACUAAGUUCCACCCUGAGAUCGAGGAGCUACUCUACAGCGAUGUUGAGAACCAAGAGCACUUAUGUGUGCUCAAGGACAAGAAGAAGCCCAUCCUCUUCACGAUGGCUAGACUAGACCGCGUCAAGAACCUAUCAGGUCUGGUUGAGUGGUACGGGAAGAACAAACGCCUCCGCGAGCUUGUUAACUUGGUGGUUGUUGGAGGAGACAGGAGGAAAGAAUCCAAAGACAACGAAGAGAAGGCUGAGAUGAAGAAAAUAUAUGACCUCAUUGAUGAGUACAAGCUGAAUGGUCAGUUCAGGUGGAUCUCUUCCCAGAUGAACAGGGUUAGGAACGGUGAGCUCUACCGUUACAUCUGCGACACCAAGGGAGCCUUUGUGCAGCCUGCGUUGUAUGAAGCCUUUGGUCUGACUGUUGUGGAGGCUAUGACCUGUGGUUUACCGACUUUCGCCACUUGCAAAGGUGGUCCAGCUGAGAUCAUUGUGCACGGCAAGUCAGGCUUCCACAUUGACCCGUACCAUGGUGAGCAGGCUGCUGAUACUCUUGCUGACUUCUUCACUAAGUGUAAGGAGGAUCCGUCUCACUGGGAUGAGAUCUCUAAGGGAGGGCUUCAGAGGAUUGAGGAGAAGUAUACAUGGCAGAUUUACUCACAGAGGCUUCUGACGUUGACUGGUGUGUAUGGGUUCUGGAAGCAUGUUUCGAACCUUGACCGUCUUGAGAGCCGCCGCUACCUUGAGAUGUUCUAUGCGCUGAAGUAUCGCCCACUGGCUAAGGCUGUUCCUCUUGCUGAGGAGGAAUGAAGAAGAUGUGUGAAGAAUUAAAGAGCUUGAAGAGAGAAAGAGGUUGCAGUGUGUGAAGAAUAACAAAAAAUCUCUUUUUGAUUCUUACUGUCAUUUUGAUUUUAGGAGCGCUUUUUGUGUUCCUUUGCUUCUUUGUUAUUUUCAAUCCUUUUGCCUCUCCGGCAAUGCGUUGUAUUCUGAUUGUUGAGGGAAUGAAAUUUCGAUUUUUCUUU